AUGGCAGGCCUUCCUACGUCGUCGUUUAACGCAAACACCGGUAGUGCCGCCGCAGAAGACCCCAAACUUGGUCUCACGAAGCAGAUACGGAGCCACGAGGUUGCAAUUGCAGAGCUCAAUGCUCUUUCACCGUCUCGGGCUGUCUAUCAGAAGAAUGGGAACUUGUUUUUCCGUACAACAAUCCAGAAAGCAAUGACAUCUGAACAAAGUAACAAGUUUUGCAUUGAAUCUAUGGUAUUUGUCUCUGGGUUUAAAUAG